UGGCGACAGACUAAACGAGACUAUCAAGGAGGGAGAAGAUGAGAGACAAAUUUCGCUUUUUUUCAUCAGAAACGGAAGAAAAAAAUAAGUAAUUGUGUCAUGUUUGAGGAUGACAGAUAUAGCAUAAAGAUUUCGUUUUUGUACAUACUAUGCGUUUCUUGUGUGAUGCUGCACCGGUGCUGGAGGUGUCAGUAGGAUUUCGCAAUAUGUUACAAUUUUGGGUGUAUAGGGAAUAUUAUGCCGGACGUUAUCUAUUUGCAAUGGAUCAUUGUAAAAAUUAGACGCCAGGGUUUGGAACUGGAUUGAUUUCUUGACACAACAACUUGGGGAAAAUUCUUCCCAUCACCAUGUUGCAAACGAGGUAGGUGACAUUGUUUGGGGGAUAGCCUAUAUUGCAGAGGUGAAAAACCCAUCUGAGAUCGCUUUUGUCUCCCCCUAAAAUAUGAUCAGGGGUGCUUGGAUGUUUCGAAGGGAAGAUGACGCCGUGUUAAAAAUCUGUUGUGCACCCAAACAAAACGACAAACCCUGUGCCGAUUCCGAGAGGGUACAGAAAUGGCGAAUGUCUUUGGCAUCCCUAUUAUUUUUCACUGUCCUUCUCUCUGAUCACCUCUGGUUGUGUGCUGGAGUUAAACUGAGGUCCAAGGAUAGGAGCAACCGCAAAAUCUGGAGUAACACGACUGACGGGGUCCACCCGGCUCUAAAUGAGGAGAAAUUUGGUAUUUUUCUAAGCAAUUUCACCAAAUCCGCUGCUCCAAGUCCUCAUUGCACUGAUUCUCAAAGCCACCACACUCACCUGGAGUCAGCCUGCACCACGUUGUAUCAGCAAAAAAAUGGCUUUGGGUCCUCUUUCUCAACUCCAUCAACGUUCUCGUCACAGAUGUUACUUGAUUAUUUUAGGAAUUUCAGCCUUUCUUUUUGUGAUUCUUACACCAUCUCCGACUUACUGUUGGGGAUGUCAAGCCCAGACAGUUUGAAUUGCAGUCUUCAGAACAUGGUUUUGGAUUUGUUUAGAGGCGGUGGGGAUGACGAGGAUGUCUGCAGCAUCUGUAUCCAGGCGUACAUGCGGCUGGACCAACACGCUCAGGAAAAAUAUGAAGAGUUUGACUUCUUCUUUCUCAAGUAUUUAUCGGAGGAUUAUUCCGUCCGAUCCCACACAGAAGACUGUAAGUCAGUCUACAAAGCCUGGUUAUGCUCAGAAUACUUCAACGCCACCCAGAGCCAGUGUCAACACAGGAUUCCCUGCAAGCAAUAUUGUCUGGAGGUCCAGACCAUGUGCCCCUUUGUGUUACCAGACAAUGACGACUUGGUCUACGGAGGACUAUCCAGUUUCAUCUGUACAGGGCUACUAGAAAACCAUUUAACCAAUGCAGACCCAGAGUGUUGUGAUGUCAGAUGGAGUGGCUGCGACCCCUCUGUGGGGGCGGCGUGCGCCCUGACACAGCUUCCAGGGUCGUCGUCAUGGCAGCGGCGCAGCUCCCCGCCCGUGUCAGCUGCAUCGCGGCUGUGCAGCAGCAGACUAAGACUGUGUGUUCUGGUCCUCAUCCUGCUGCACACUGUCGUCUCCUUCUCCACUGUCCAGAGCAGUGGCGCUGUGGGCCUGGAGGCCAUGGUACCCCUGCCCCUGGAGGAGAGCUCUGCCCGAGAGGAGUGACUGAUUAUGAACAAUAGUUUCUACUGUUCCCUGCCUCCAGUCUACAGAGACCCCUUCCUUCACAGUACCUGAGGAGUGAGGCGUUUAUAACCCUCUCUCUCCAUCCAGUCCCCUCCACAGGACAUCAGCAAUGAGGAGGUUAUACACCGUUCCAGGGCAGGCUACAGCUCGGUAUACCUCCUCACCCUCCACCACACCGGAGGAGUGGCGAAGCACGGGCCCUCCCCUACCUCGACACAGAGAGGUAUGGAGGUGGAUGAGGUUUCGAAACUGAGAACCAGACAUGUCUCACAUGUAAGGAGGACAUGAAAGGGCAUAGGGAAAGAGAGGCGGGUCUCCUAUCAUCCCAGGGUCCAGAGGAAGCGUCGAUUUUAUAACUGAAAGAGGUACUGUAUGCUGUUUCUGAGAAGGUUUUGGGUACAAAUGGCCUUUUUCAAGUUUUAUCACUACUCUAUUUAAUGAGUUGAGUGAUGUUUUUGGGGAUUUACGUAUGACGUUGGGUGUUGAGUUUGUGAACUGCACAGUGGGGAAAAGUAUGAGUUGCAGGCUCGUAUGCUAUUUUUUUUUAUCUGGUGUGUGUGUGUGUGUGUGUGUGUGUGUGUGUGUGUGUGUGUGUGUGUGUGUGUGUGUGUGUGUGUGUGUGUGUGUGUGUGUGUGUGUGUGUGUGUGUGUGUGUGUGUGUGUGAAUACAGUGAAGAAGUCAGCAAUAUAAUGUAUAUGACCCAACACAAAUCAGAUGACCAUUACAUCUUCCAAGCUAACAGAAUACGCACAACAAAUACUUUGUUUGGCUCAGAGUAAAUAUUAUUCUUAUUCUCAGUACCACUACCCUCAUUAUCAUACACCAAGUAGAAUCAGUUCAUGCAAGUAUUGGAUUACAGAUCCUAAUCAAAGGUAAACCAUGUUGUUUUUGAUAGAUGUCAGAAGUACACUACUAAUGCUGUGGAGGAACAUGUGUUUAUGCAAAGCUGAUUGAAACGAGUUGAAACCCCCACUGGGUCUCUAAUCGCUUACAGAAGGCACAUGAUUGUGCAAUGGAAGACUGUCUGUAUUAUAACUACACCAAUCAUUUCUUACUCAUAAAACAGACAAUUUACCACGUAUUACACAUAACAAAGACCCAGAGUGAUAAUUGGAGCAGAAUGUUAUCAUGGCUGAAUGUUUAAGAAAUGUUCAAGAUGUGAAUGCAUCGUGUCAUCAAAAAACUGAGGCAUGUGUGUAUGCCCUCAAUGUCUUCUUGUGUGUCCAUUACAUUCAUGGUGAAAUACAGUGAUUACAGUAUUUGGAAAGAACCAAAACUUUAUAAAUAUACUUCUAAAUAUUAGAGAUAUAGAAAAAGAUCCACCUUGAUUUAUUCAUAGGCAAUCUGUUGGGAAGCGGUUUUGUUAUUUGUAAAGACAAGCUAGAGCAUGAUUAUAUAAAUGGUUCUCAUAUGUUUCUGAUUUCUUGGAUUGAAUACUUCUGACCUCUCUUUUCCUGGCAUAAUUUGUGUAUUAUUCUUACAAAUAGUUGGUCAAAUUUGGGCUUGUAUUUGGGAAGCUGAAAUAAAAUAACUGUCUUCCAAUGUGACAAAUUGAUUCACAAACAGGAAUUGUGAAUAAUUUUUUAUCUUACAAAGUAUUCCUGGGUUCACCUCCCAAACAGAUACUAUAUGUGACCUUGGUCUAGCAGAAUACAGGCAUAUUGUUUAUGUCCUAACAAAACUAUCUUAACUAUUUUACUAUUGAAAAACUAUAUCAUAGCACAGGUUUUUACAGCGUAUUGUAUACAGUAUGUAUAUGAAUUUAACUUGGAUUUGAAUAUCUGAGCAUUUUAGUAAUAUAAACAAAUCAGAGAUCUAUGAGAUGCAUGAGAUUCAGAUUAUUUAUUUAUCUAAAAUAAAAUAUAUUAUAAACUUGGUGGUUCGAGCCCUGAUGGCUGAUUGGUUGAAA